UAUAAUAUUGUUAUAACUUAUAAGUUAUACAUUCAUAUACCAAAGAAAUGUCAGUUAUAAUUAUUGCUGUAGCGGCUGAAAGUGGCGUUCCAAUAUUCUCAAGAAAACGAGGAAGCAAUGAUAAUGUUCAAUUCUCAACGAUUGCAUCUUUACAUGGCAUCAAUAUGUUUAGUAAAUGCCAUAAUAUAUCAAUGGUAGACACCAAAGUUGAUAAUGGGACGAUAAUUUGGAAAGAAUACUGCAAAAGCAUUACUCUCAUAGGGAUUGUAACUGGUGGUCUAGAUUGUGACAUAGAAUUACUGCUGUCCUACAUUUAUGAUUUGAUGAUAUUUUGCAUUGGCAAAAAAGAACUGGAAAGUUUGAAAAACAUUGACCAAAUAAAAAGAGAUUUGAGACAGUGUUAUCCUAUUAUGGACUACUUUUUAGAGUCCUUAGACCCAAAUUGCAUUCCGCAAACUACUAUUAUAUUGGAUCUCAUACAAAGUAUGCUAUGUCCUCAAGCUCAACAGCUACAGCAAGUUUUAGAUUCUUAUGCUGAAAAAGUGACAGGGAGGUGGGCAUGUUUGAGUAUCCAUGGUAAUUUGGUGGCAACAAGUUCAGAUUUCUGUGAACUAGAUCCAAGAGAAGCCAGGCUUCUUUUGUUACUGGCUUCAGCACAGAAUGGGGCACCAUUGAGAGAUACUUUGGUGUACCUGCCUCAGAUGAGUCCCAACGUUGCAUUUAGAGCAGUGACAUGCAAACUUCUAGCUGAUGUGUAUGUACUGGUAGUAUGUGGUGCUACCCCAGCCUUAUCAGAAAUUGAUGAAAUCGUACUCCAGUGCUGGGAAGGUUACACACAGAUCAUAAAGGAAGCUAAAUUAGUAUAUCCAAGAAAUGUUCCAGCAAGUAUUACAUUUGAACCUGUGUUGUUAGGAAUCCUAUUUAUAAACAUAGCAAAAAGACGCUGUGUGUUUUCGAGACACCUCCAUGCAACAAACCAGAAAAGUAGAACUAUGUCGGCCAAUCACCGAAUUGAUAUUCUACGCACAUUUUUUAUAACCACUGCAAAAGAUCUAGCGACGGAAUUUAAUAUAAAAAGUCUAGAUGAAAAAGAUACAAAUAAUUCACUGCCAUGUAUGAGUGAGACAUACUGGUGUUCGGAAUACCACAAAUGUCACGCGCAGCGGUCGGGAGACUUCAUGUGCUGCGCGCUGUACGCACCUUCCGUUCACACGCACACUAUGAGAUUGCUGACCAGUAAAAUUCUUCAAGACUUGAUUACCAGCAAAGAAAUAUACUGGUAACUUUCAACACCAGUUUAAAAUCUUCGAAAAUCGUGUGAUCCCAUGUCCGUCCAUUAAUUUACUACUUUUAUAGUUAGGUCUAAAUAAAAUAAUACAACAU